AUGAGCACUCGCAGCCGGCCGCAGCGAGAAAACGGUGAUGCGGGGCGGAAAAGUCGCAUCGACGACACCUCAAAACGGUUUCAAUCUCCACCGCGGCGCUUCGACAGCGACCGCUCAGCGUCCGAAAGGCCUUGGCGGCCGAUGCCAGCCAACCAGAUCCGGGACGGGAUCAUAGAAAUAGAUCCCAUUUACGGCACGCUCUUGCAUGACAUCCUCGUGCACGCCAGUCGCAAGACACACGUGCGGCUGCGUCUACUUUCAAGGGUGUCGGAUGCGACAAUCCCUGAGAAGAAUGGAAUUUGCCUUCCGCCCGACAUGGAGCCGUAUCGUGACAGACUCCAACAAUGCGACACGAUCAUCUAUGGGCUGCCAAAUGCCGUCUUUAGCGGAAGCGGCUUCGGCAUUAACCGAGACCAAGCACGUGCCUCAUCAGCCAAAGACCUCACAGACAAGUGUGGGAAGCUCAACAUCUUCCCUAUAAGCAUGUUCGCCAUCUACGCGCAGAAUCCAGAGAUUUCGAAGAAGGAGUUGCCGUUUUUCGAGCAGUCCGUCGAAACGUUUUCAAUUAUUGCCGACGAGGUGAACAGAGGUGGUGCUUGGCCCCCAGAUAUCCUCACUGCGCCCGAUCUGGAGCCGCAAACUGUCAUCAAGUUGAGGGCAAUGCUGGAAGAAGCCGUCGUUCGAGCCGCCAAGCGAUGUGCACCACGAUCGGUUCCGUCGGAUCGAAGUGACCCAAGGACGAUGCGUUCUCGAAGGCCGGAAAGAAGCGAACGGGAGCGUUGCAAACAUUGCGGUGGUUCUGGUCAUUCCGUGAGAGAGUGUGCCAUCUACAUACAAGAAAUGGAGUUGAAAAGACGACAAGCGGACGUCUCGCAUUUUCCCGUCGAGCGACCCUACAACGGACCACUUCUGGGCGCCUUCAACCCGCCCCCAAUUAUCCAACGCCAAGUGCCAUCUCUGAUGUCCAUACCAGUGCCGCUCAUCCCGCAUAACCCAGUACAACUCAUCCACACAUCGCUGUCCGCCCCGAAAGUCUACACCGAAGAAGACGUGCUCCGGCGUGUCCGUCAAGAAUUGGACGAGAAAGAGCGAUCGUUGCAAGAAGACCUUCGCGUCAGCCAAUUGCUGGAGCAAAAGUUGCGGCUAGAAGCGAAAUUGCGUGAGGAGGCUGUUGUUCACGCCCAAAAUGAAGCGAUGAACAGGAUGACACCACUUGGCGGCGCCAUAGCGUCAUCUUCCGCUCACUACACGACUGCGCCCUUCUUGACGACGGCCCCUGCACCCGCGCCACGCUCGCAAACCAGCAAGGCAGACGUGGAUCCGUUGGCCCCGUCCGGCAAUAAGAUAAACUGGACCUCGCGUCGCGGUCCGAACGGCUACGGGCUUGGCACGGCGUUCGGUUUGCUGUGGGCUGGCCGCAAAUUCGUGAUCCCGAGCAUGGCCUGGCUCGAUCCGGCAGACCCGUUGGCCCGUGUGCCACGCGUGAUAUCCGACUGCGAAGAGGUCAUCCAAUCGCUGGAGCGCAGAAUAGAGACGCAAGCCGAUGCUGAUCAUCUUUCACAGCUGAUGGUGGCCGUGCAAGCGCUCGGCGACCAGGCGAAGAGCUUCAGCGAAGUUCGCCAGCUCGAAAUGCUGACGGAACUGCACAAGCUGCUCAAGCAGGCGCUCGACGAGCGGAAGAAGCGCGGCGGCUCGCAACGGGAGCGAGAUCGUGAACGGGAGAGGGAAAGAGAACGCGAGCGCUCGUCGUCUCGCCGACGACGCAGCCGUAGCCGCAGCAGGACGCGCCGCCGAUCUCGCUCGCGCUCUUCCGGGCGCAGUCGUUCUGGCCCCGUCCGCAUUAUGGUUGACGGCCGCGAGCUCGUCUGCAACACCGAGGACACGAUCGUGCAGACGAAUGAUCGAAUCUGGGCCCAAGACAUGCACUCGGGCACUUGGGAGGAUUGUCGCGUGAUGCAGGUACUCCCGCGACGAAGUGGCGGCUCUGGCGAGAAGCUUGUGCUCGGCAUCACGCGCACCGGCAAGCAGUGGACGAAGCUGAAGCGCGAGACGUUCCGCUCGGCCUAC